AUGGAUCUGCCUUAUUACCACGGCCCUCUGACCAAGCGAGACUGUGAGACCUUGCUGCUGAAGGGGGAGGAUGGCAACUUUCUGUUAAGAGACAGCGAGUCGAUGCCAGGAGUCCUGUGCCUCUGUGUCUCGUUUAAGAAUAUUGUCUACACCUACCGAAUCUUCAGAGAGAAAAAUGGCUAUUACAAGAUACAGACUGCGGAAGGUAUUCCAAAACAGAUCUUUCCAAACCUAAAGGAAUUGGUCUCCAAAUUUGCAAAACCAGAUCAAGGGCUGGCAGUUCAUCUUUCAAACCCAAUAAUGAGAACCAGCCCCUACCUGAGAUGGAGAAGAUCAAAAUCAGAGCUGGAUUGCAUUUCUGAGAACAGUCAUGAUGAUUAUGUGCAAGUCUUGCCUUGA